AUGGGCUUCGCUCCUGGUGACGCUAAGAAGGGUGCCAACCUCUUCAAGACGCGCUGCGCGCAGUGCCACACCCUCGAGGCCGGCGGCGGCAACAAGACGGGCCCCGGGCUGCACGGUCUGUUUGGCCGCAAGACCGGCUCCGUCGAGGGUUACGCCUACACCGACGCCAACAAGCAGAAGGGCAUCACCUGGGACGAGAACACUCUGUUCGAGUACCUCGAGAACCCCAAGAAGUACAUUCCCGGCACCAAGAUGGCUUUCGGCGGUCUGAAGAAGGACAAGGACAGGAACGACCUUAUCACCUUCCUCAAGGAGUCGACGGCAUAAAUAUCGGCAUCCAAGGUUUAAGGCGUCGUUGUAUUAUUACCAAGCCAAUCUCAUCACCGGCAAAACAAAAACCAGUCCCGCAUUUAGGGAGUUGGCUCGGCUGCGGCGAGAGGAUUUGUCGUUUUUGCUACCGCUACACUGUUUUGGGCAUUAGACGGGGCGGCUCUUGUAAACCACACCAUAUUACUACACUUGUACCAUAGAAGAGACGACGACGACGAGAUCACUAGACGAUGUGCUUGGCGGCGCAGCCUGAUGAAUGAUAAUUCCCUGC